GCGCGAGAGUGAGUGAGUAGCUCAGUGAGUUUACCCUUAUGAGGUGGUGAGAGGCCCGGGGCCUACCUCAAAGGAGCGGGGUCGCGGCGCCGGCUAGCAGCGGGCCCCCUCCAGGUCCCCGGGCCCGGCGACGCGGCGGCGGCUCAGUUGUGAGGAGGCGGGGAAGUGGGUGUUCGGCCCCCGCCAUGGAGGGAAUGGACGUGGACCUGGACCCGGAGCUGAUGCAGAAGUUCAGCUGCCUGGGCACCACCGACAAGGACGUGCUCAUCUCCGAGUUCCAGAGGCUGCUCGGCUUCCAGCUCAACCCGGCCGGCUGCGCCUUCUUCCUGGACAUGACCAACUGGAACCUACAAGCAGCAAUUGGCGCCUAUUAUGACUUUGAGAGCCCAAACAUCAGUGUACCUUCUAUGUCCUUUGUUGAAGAUGUCACUAUAGGAGAAGGGGAGUCAAUACCUCCUGAUACUCAGUUUAUAAAAACGUGGCGGAUCCAGAAUUCUGGGGCAGAGGCCUGGCCUCCAGGGGUUUGUCUUAAAUAUGUUGGUGGAGACCAAUUUGGACAUGUGAACAUGGUGAUGGUGAGAUCGCUAGAGCCCCAAGAGAUUGCAGAUGUCAGCGUCCAGAUGUGCAGCCCCAGCAGAGCAGGAAUGUAUCAGGGACAGUGGCGGAUGUGCACUGCUACAGGACUCUACUAUGGAGAUGUCAUCUGGGUGAUUCUCAGUGUGGAGGUGGGUGGACUUUUAGGAGUAACGCAGCAGCUGUCAUCUUUUGAAACGGAGUUCAACACACAGCCACAUCGCAAGGUAGAAGGAAACUUCAACCCGUUUGCCUCUCCCCAAAAGAACCGACAAUCAGAUGAAAACAACUUAAAAGACCCUGGGGGUUCCGGGUUCGACUCGAUCAGCAAAAACACAUGGGCUCCUGCUCCUGACCAAACCGAGCAAGAUCAGAAUAGACUCUCACAGAACUCUGUAAAUCUGUCCCCCAGCAGUCACGCAAACAACUUAUCAGUAGUGACUUACAGUAAGGGGCUCCACGGGCCUUACCCCUUCGGCCAGUCUUAAACGGGUGUCAGCAAGAAGAAAAAUUAAAAGAAGGCCUGACUUUUGGGGGGAGGGCAAGGGGUUCCUCUGGAUUGCAGACCACAUCGCACGGACCCCUCGCUCUGAUCUCCCCGUCCUGGAAGAAGAGGAGGAAGCAGAACAGACUAGUUUUGAGUAAACUCAGUAUGCGUGUGUGAAUGCUGAAUCACAGGAAUGGUGUUGAGGCUACCAAGAAGAAAUUCAUGCAGCCACCUCGGGGUUUGUUUGUUAGGCGUCAAUCGAGUCAUUAGGUCACUUGGGAAGGGAAAAAAAUUUUAAAAUGGGGGAAAAAAAGCCAUCUUUUUAAACAAAAAUUAUUUUGCCUACAGAGAGGUUGUAGUUUUGAGCACAUGUUAAUUUUUUCCUCCUCUUUCCCCACUUUUAUUUUUUUAAAUAAGGGAUAACAUACUCUUUAAAGAAUAGUGCUUGCUCUGGAAGCGAUUCAGGUUAAAAGCUGGCGUGGCAUGUUUGGGGACUCUGCGGAUCAGUGCUACAGGAGUUCAUCUGCGGUGCCACAUGACUCCAGAAGUCUCUGACCCCAUUUGUUUUUAAUGGCAUCAGCCAAUGAGUUAUCACCCUUUUCCUCCUCUUUUCCCUUUAAUCUUCUGUUGAUUUACACCUUUGACAUUUGUAUUCAUCAACCUUGUGGCUUGUUAGCACCAGAACCUCUCUGAAGACCAAACUUCCCUAUGUUGUCAGCAGAGGAAGCCUUGAGGACAUAUCUCAGGUGACGUGGGAGUUUCUGAAGCCGAGAGGUGUCCUUCUGCACACACUUGUAACAAUUCAAAUUGUUUUUCUUCCAUGUUUCUCUUGGCAGAGAGAAAUGGCAUCAUGCUUACUUUUUUGGAUUCUUCAUGCAGUGGCUCCCCAUUUGCUCUGGGAACUUACCUCUUUGCUGGGUAUGUGUUUGAGCCACGUACACACACACGGGUGUUGGUGCAGCUCACCAGCAAGUGUGCAACAGGAGAGUGUGAAGGUGUCCCAUGCUUCUCUGUUGUCACACAACUUUCUUCCCUGUGUUUCCCUCCAGUUGUCCUUUGUGGUGUUUUCACAGCCUGUUAGUGGAGGCUGAGCUGUUAAGGUAUGAAGAUACAGCCCUGAAUAGGAAAUUUGUCAUGGAGAAGGGCCACGGUCACUGACUACCUGAUCUUGGAGACCACAUUUAGAUGGAAAUGAGAAGACCCCUCUACCCCUCAGUUCCCCCACCCUGAGCAGGGUGCUCGGUUAUUGGUGGGGAGGUAGGCAAGGGGCAGUCCAACUGGAUUGGCUGGCUGCUCACCUGGGCAGUUGGCCUUACUGGCUGGCAUCCUGCGAAUUCCAAGCAGGUUGAGGUGUGGAUAUCUCCAUGGGAAGCUUGAACCAGGCUAGAACAGCUGUCUGCCAAAGAUACAAGAAUAUGCAAAGUCCUUCUCUUCUUACCCCCUCCUUCCCUUGAGUCUUAGUUUGUUUGAGAGCAAGCCGGGGAUACGGAUAUGGGGUGCGGUUGCAGGGUCGUCUGCCUGUUACCACACCCCCAUCUACCCUGGGGGUGAGACAAGCAGGGAGACCAGGUGAUGAGUGGCUGCAAGGGGUCAUAUAGCCUGGGUAUGGAUGAGGGUCUGCCUGCCUGUCUGUUUCUGUCUGGGUGUCUGAGAUCCAAAAAAUGUGUGAUGUUUGUUCCUCCUCAUCCUCUUCUGAGACUGUUGUUUUUUAAAACUUGAUUGUGAGAGAAAAACUUGUAUGGAAUUCUCCCUUCACCUGCCCAACCCCCCAAAAAUAAAAGGGGGAAUGAAUUUGGUCCACUGGGGAAGCCCUGGGGGUGGGUGGAGCCAGCCUGCUGAGAAGGGCAAUACAGCUGGGUCUAGGGCUAGACCAGGGCUUAUUCUGGAGCACCUACUUUCUGUGCAUCCGUGAGUGCCCCAUUCCCUAGCAGAGCAGUGGGGAGACCCUGCCAGGCACCCAGCCACAGGGCUCAGGAUGGCUUUUUGUCUGAGGGCCUAUUUAGGCCCUGACUACUGCUGCUGUUGGUGCCAGUUUCCUGGGACACUGCCACCCUGGAGCCCAUGCAUGCCCAGCCACUCUUCACUUGAUAGCCUUGAAGUACCACCUCUGCAAUUGCUCCUGGCAGGAUCACGGGAGGUCCCUGCUUUCCUGGUUUCCUUGUCAGCCCCAUACUAGGUGCUCUUUCCCAGUUUCCCAGCAGGGGCUUCUUAGGUCACCAUCAGUGAGUUUAGCCCUGUCAGAGACAUCCUGCUUCUCCUCUUGCCUAUAGGUAACCUUACCUGGCAAGUUAAAUGUCCCAAGCACCUUGGCUUUCUUCCCAAGAACAUACCAUUUCUGUGCACAUCCUUGGAGAGGUGAGUUUCUUAUAGAGGGUCAGAGCAAGUGCAAGCCUUGGCAUGGGGGCUGAGGGGGCCUGUGGUUCCCCAAGCCCAGGAGGGUAUCAGUACCAUUCAUUCUCUCUCCCAUCACUGGUACAGGUUCCUGAGCAAUGCCUAGAGCCCCUCUCUACCCUGCCUAGUGGGGUGGUAGAGGCCACCUCCCAGUGCCAGUAGUCCAUGCUCUUAGAAUCUUCACCAAGUGGCAGGCCACCUCUGGGCAGGACCACCAGCGUCUGGCACCCAGGAGGUGAGGCAGGCACCAUUCAUAAGUGAUAGGGCCUGGACCCAGUUGGGGAGACAGAGGGGCUCAGCCUUGGGAAGAACCUGUCUGUGUGCAUGUUGUGUGUGGAGUGAGGUGUGUGUGUGUGUGUGUGCACGUGUGCAUGCCUUUUUUCUUUUUGCUGUGGGGACAGUUGAAUUUGGGGCAUUUUUCUACAAGAAAUAGCUUUCUGUCACCCAGAAAGGACUGACUGUAACCUUAUGCCCAUCAAAGGCACUUCUAGCCUGGAGAGAACCUUACCAACACAGUUGGUGUGGCCAGAGGGUGGCCAAGGUCAGAGGUGGGCAUGAGAAUAAAUACCUCCCUAAAUUCAGCCUGAGCCCCAGCAGGAAGGGAUGGUAAGGUUGCCAGGGCUCAGAAAUGCAAGCUGAUUCCCCACCCCACCCUCCUUGCCUCACCUUUCCUUUGUUUCCCUGGGUGAAUGCAGGAGUAGCAAUGGCUGCCCCUUCCACCUGGACAGUGGUGUAUGUAGCAAGCAAGUUAGGUGGGUGUUUGUGGUGGGGCCUCAUGGUGCCUAGGAGGAGAUGAAGAUGAGGAGGUUUUUCCUUACUGUAUAAAUGAAUAUUUGUAUGAUUAAAUUAACACACACCAAAAAAACUUUU